CAAACAAUCAACAACAGAUAGUUUUGCGUUGUUGCUUUUUGCAUUGUUUAUUCCAACUGUUCUCGCUGUGCAGUGUGGAUCGUAUCGUUAUUGUUGAGUCGAACAGUACAGUACAACAUGUCGCAGCAAAGCAACACUGGAAGACAAAGCUUGCUCAAGGUGAAUCACUACACGAUGCCACCUACGCCACCGGAUCCUUCCGUACCACUGCGCGGUCGUCCACCGAAACGCAGCAAACCAAUGGAAUAUGUACCGACAGGAAUUCGAUCCCAAUGUUCGCCUUCUUUCAUCAUGAAACUGUUCGAUCGAAGUGUGGAUUUGGCCAGGUUUGAGGCAGACUGUCCACUCUACCCGGUGUGCCGAGCGUGGAUGCGAAAUCAACCGCGGGCACGGAUAAACUUGCAACCGGCUUGUGUCAAUCCGGCACCUCGACGGGACUCAAUGCGGGAGGAUACUGUGGACCGCUAUAGGCGAGGUGAAAUAAAUGAAAUCAUUUCAAUGCCCAAGCAGAAUGAAAAUGACUUAAAGCCGUUCGUCCUGGAGAAAGCAUUCCCUGAAGGUGAGGCAUCGUUUCAAUUAGACAAAUGUAAAACACCUCUGGAAGGGAAUCAGUUGCUCCAGCAGCACAAGAAACGAUGGACCGACAUUCGUCGCAGGUGGCAGAGCCACCGAUGCGAAUAUCUGAAGAGGAAUCAACUCAGCUACGAUCUGCUUGAUGCAAUCGCUAUGAAACAAGGUCGAAAUUGAUAUCGCAUUGAUAUGAAUCUAAAACUCAUUUGAAUGAAAUUGUGCUUUGAAGCGCGAAGCAAAAUAAGAAAUACUAUUCUUUGCGCUCGCUGUCUUUACUAAUGGAGUCGGGGAUUUAAUAUCAAUUUCGAUAGUCCUAUUCAUCAUGCAUUCUACGAAAUUGUUUUGGUAGGAUAUUCGAUUCAGAAUGUUCUCAUAAACUUGUCAAGAUAUUUUCUUCAUUUCGGAAUAACGAAUAAAAUUCCAUCAGGUGAUUUUGUCCUGGAUUGUGUUUUUGAAGUAGGUGCGAGUAAAUUGAAAGAACUGAUUUAGGUUUAUUUUCCGGAAAGAGCGACAAACGGGAAACAUUCAUCAUUACGAUUUGUAAUAAUAAUUACCGAUUAUGUUACACUAUUAUUAUUUUUAGUUUAGUUGUUUAGGCAAUAAUUUUGAGUUGGGAUAAAUAUUUUUAACUAGUUUUUAGGAUUGAUUAUUGAGUUUAUU